AUGAAUAACCCGAAUCAACUGGGACAGCCGCCCAGCUACACCUAUAAUAAUGUCGCUGGUCGGCCGACCAGUCCUAUGCCCCCCGGCAACCAGCCGCAGAUGCCGCAUCCACUUAACACCAACAUGCCUUAUCCAGGACAACAAACCUUGGGCGCUCCGCCAGUCUACGGUAUGCAGCAGCCGGUAAUGGGUCGAGGGCUACCCUCGUCGCAAGUCCCUUACGGGGCUCGGAACCCCGCCCACGAAGUCGAGGGUGCGGGGCGAAGUAAGGCUUCGCUAAUUGUUGGAAUUGAUUUUGGCACAACAUUCUCCGGUGUCGCAUUUGCUUUCGCGACGAACAACGAGGCGCGAGAGGAUAUCAUUACCGAAUGGCCUGGAGCUGGCACUCACACCAAACAAAAGAUCCCAACUGUCUUGUACUAUGACCAAUACCAAGAAGUAGUGGGUUGGGGACCAGACAUUGCAAAUGCGCUGGCUCCCACCGGCUACCCAAAGCAAGGGGUGCAGAAAGUUGAAUGGUUCAAGCUUCAGCUGAUGCUUUCCGGUAACACAUACAUCGACCCCAUCAACUUGCCGCCUCUUCCGCCAGGAAAGUCGGAGAUUGAUGUGGCGGCCGACUACCUCUUUAAGUUACGACAGGCAAUGCGCUCCCAGUUACAGAAAACACUCGGUGAGGUAUUUACGAGAGAAGAGCGUAACAUCAAGUACUAUCUCACAGUGCCCGCAAUCUGGAACGAUGCAGGCAAGGCAGCGACUCGUGCAGCGGCUCUGCAAGCUGGUUUCUUGCGAGACGAAAACGACAAUCGCCUGACUUUGAUCUCAGAACCGGAAGCUGCUGCGCUCUUCUGCGCCAAAACUGGCUUACUAAAUCUCAAAGUUGGCGAUGCUAUUUUGAUCGUCGACUGCGGUGGCGGUACGGUAGAUUUGAUUGCGUACGAGGUUGAAGAAGAGCAGCCAUUCAGCGUUGCUGAAUGUACUGCUGGAUCCGGUGAUUCAUGUGGCUCUACGGCCCUGAACCGAAACUUCAGUAAUAUCCUCCGCGCUAAAAUUCGAAAGAUGAAGCUGCCCGAUGGGUCUCGAACAGCUGGGAAGGUGUAUGCCAAAUGUAUUAUGGAUUUCGAGAACCGAAUCAAGGCCGACUUUCGAAACAAUGGUCAAAAAUGGGCGGUGGACGUCGGCAUUGAGGCGGACUUCCCUGAUGCUGGAAUCGAGGAAGGAUACAUGACAUUCACCAAUGAGGAGAUUCUUCAGUGUUUCGAGCCCGUCGUCAACCGUAUCCUCGAGUUGGUGCGUAACCAGAUUAUCGCCAUCCAAGCGCAAAACCGGAAUUUACAGAACGUGCUCGUAGUUGGUGGAUUCGGUGCGUCCGAGUACCUCUUCCAGCAGAUCAAGCUUCACGUACCGCCACAGUAUCAGUCUAAGGUCGUCCGACCUAUGGACUCUGUCGCUGCAAUCGUCAAAGGCGCCGUGACAGCGGGUAUCACAGAACGAGUGGUCACUCACCGUGUUGCACGUCGACACUAUCUGAUGGCCACUCUCCAGCCCUUCAAGGAAGGAUACCACCCCGAGCAGUACCGGGUUCCCAGUCUUGAUGGCCGUGACCGUUGCAAGUACACCCGGCAAAUAUUCGUACAGAAGGGCGAGAGAGUUAAAAUUGGCGAGCCGGUCAAGGUCAGUUUUUUCCGCCAGGUUGCCCCCGGAGCAACCCUCAUGUAUGAGGAUAUCUUGUACGCCUGUGACGAGGACGUUUGUCCCGAGUACACCAAGGAUCCGCGUAUCAAGGAGGUCGUGACUCUGACAUCAGAUCUGUCACGCAAGAAUCUCGAGACCGACUUUGAGCGCAUGGAUACCCCCCAAGGCACUUUCUACCGUGUAUACUUUGACAUCUAUCUCACACUCGACGGGAGUGAGUUCAGUGCCGAGCUGGUCUGCCAGGGCGAGGUCAUGGGACGAUGCCGCGCAAAGUUCAGAUAA